AUGUUUCGAAGGACGCCUCGAUCCGCUACCGGUGCAAUCAAGCAGCACAUUCGCAGUCAAUCUAAGUCACGAUUUGUGAAUUCUCGAUUCCAAUCCACUUCAUCAAACUCCGGUACAUCCGGUAGCAAUCCAGCUCUCGUUGGUGGUGUUGCUGGCGGCGCAGUCGCUUUCACCGCUGGUUAUGCUUGGUAUUACUUCUCUGGUGCGAAAACACUCGUCGACUCCAACAAACAAGUGAAGGAGUACGUCGAGCAAGCCAAGCAACGGAUUUCUGAGAAAGCGCCGGAACCAAAGCAAGCGUACGCCUGGUUGAAGAGCACGGUCAAUCGCUAUGCGGUCUUCAUUCCUGGUGCCCGUCCCUAUGUCGACUCUGCCUUCAAUGACCUCGAAAAGAUCCGAGAUGAGCACGCCGAGGAGUUUGAUAAAGUGGUCAAAGAUGCCUAUUAUGAGCUGAGUGAUGUUUCUAGCAAAGGCGGGUUUGACACCGACACCGCAUUCAAGACUUUCCACAUUUUACAGAAAUAUCUUGACCGUCUCCUCGAAAUAUCUGGUGAAUCUGUGGAAGAUGUUUUGGACAACCAUCCCCAGCUAAAGGAGAAGAUCGGCGGUAGCUUCGAUCAACUGAAGAAGCUGGGUGAUACAUAUGGACCUCAAGCGAAGGAGGAGGUUAACAAAACUUGGAAACAAAUCUCCGAUAUCAUUAAAAAGGGGGCUAGUGCUGAUUCCGCAGAAGAGAUCAAAAAUCUGAUCAAAAACCAGAAGGCCAACAUACAAAAGCUUGGUGAUGAGGCCUGGCAGAAAGGUCUCGAAGAGUCUCGACAGUUCCUGGACAAGAACCCCAAGGUAAAGUCCUUGGUCGAAGACAAUGCCGAGGCUUUGAAGAAAGGAAAUUUCCAGGAACUUUGGGGUCUUAUAAAGGAGAGUGCUUCUUCUGGCAAGACCGAAGACCUGGAGAAGUUUGUCAAGGACAAGGUCAAUCAAGCUUCGAACGUUGGUUUUGAAGACUUGGACAAGUGGCUGAAGAUGAUUCCUGGCGGCUCGAACAUUAUUCCACAAAUUCAAUCUUUGCAGAAAGUUGCGGAUGAAAAGGGUGGUGAAGCUAAGGACGUGGUCAAGGAAACCUUCGAAGAGGUUCAGGAAGUACUGAAGAAAAGAAAAGAGCAGAUAGAGAAACUUGCCGAAGAAGAAAAGAAAGAGUGA